ACAUUCGCCGUACGAAACGAAACCGUCCAGACCAAGCUACACUCUAACGUGGUAUCCGAGUAAUCGCUGGUGUCACUUAGCGAACUGUUAAAAUAAGAAUUAACACGCGGUAUCAUAAAUUAAGUUGACGAACCGUCAAUAAAGGAGACUUAAAUCGGAAUGGUACAAUUUGAUCCAGUUUAAAGAAAAAUAAAUUAUUGAAUUAAAAACUGGUGAGGUAGGUAGAAAAAGAAUCGCGAGUGUCGUUAUUAUAUUAUAAUUAGUGUUUCGGAUUAUCUAUUCAACAAAAGUGAGAUGGAAAGGAAAAUUUCCUUGCAAGAUUUAGCUAAAGAAGUCGAGGAUAGAAGAGCGUUAUUCCAUAUGCGAAGCAGAUCACUGUCGGAGGGUGAAACAAGGAAAUUGAAAAAAGAUGAUACAAAAUUUGAAGUGUUUCCCAGUCUACCCAACUCAGUUUUAGACACAUUAGGACUCCGAGGAGAUGAACCGAAAGAACAUAUGAAUCAACAAGAAAUAGAACAAAAAUUCGCUAGUUUAGCUUUGGCACUGUCGAUAGACGCCACAACAAUCAAGGAUAGGUGUAAAAGACAAAAAAGAUACAGAAAUCAAACAGAAGCUAACCUUAACAUGGAAAUUAACAAGCUCAGAGAAAAAGUAACAUUAAUGCAACCGUUUUGUACAGAUUACGAAAAAGCGGAAUUAUUCUCUACUAUUAUGACCCAGAUAGAUAUAAUAAUGAAUGCUGUUUCGUUGGUAUCAAUGUCUGCUGAAAGGUUUGGGUCUGUACAACAAGAGGAAAGAUUAACGGAAUCGGCUAGUUUAAUGGUAACUUACGUACAGUCUUUAAAGCAACAAAGAGACGCUGCCAAAAAACAACUGCUCUAUACAAAACGAGUUCUUCAAAAUUCGGCAGACUCGCCAGGAGUCUUGAGCCCCAGUCCAACUAAUAAUCACCAAAGUUUAUCGCCCAACGUAAAAUUAGUUAGCAAACGACGCGCCAGUAUAGCAACGUUUAGUCAACCUGUUAACGAUGCUGUCAAUCAGAACAGAUCAGAAAUGGAAAUAAAAAAAGUUACUAGACGAACCUCUGAUUUAAGUUUAAUGUCAGGCUCUUUGAUUAGAAGGCCUACUAGAUUAGAAUUAGGUAGGGAAUUGAAGAAAAUUAAGGAAAAUCAUGCCGAAGUAUCCAAUGAAAAUGAUUUGUCGUCAGAUAUAGAAAAUGACGAAGAAUAUUUGUCAUCUCCAAAAAUAUCUACUACAGAAGAAGAACUUGUUAAAGAAAUUGACAUGUCAACAUUUUCUUUCAGGGAAAAAGUGAUAUACAAAUGGACAUCGCUGAAGAAAUCAGUGACAGACAGAUUUAAUUAUUUAACCCAUGGAAGAAAUUUCCAUGACUUUUAUAUGUUUUGUGCGCUUGUGUGUUUUUCAAUAGGACUUUUGUCGUUAUUAGAUAUAUUUACUGAAUAUGAAUACGCAAAAAGGGGACUACUGUCAUGGUUAAUUGAUGACAAUUAGUUAUUCAAAAAUCAUAUCAAGAACUGAUUAUAAAUAAAUGUUAUUGUAUAUUGAUGAGUAUGUAGAUAAAUAAAUGUUUUUUAUCACAUAU